CAACAACUAGAAAGAUCACAACAACCUCAAGCCAAGAUACAAAUAUUUUGAAAUACCAAAGAGUAACAAAGACAAAUAAAAGAAAUAAAAAUCAGCAGGAGUUGAGAGCGAAACAAAGAUCAGCAAAAGUAACCGAGUUAACGACAGCAGCUAUACAAUAACAACAACAACAGCAACAACAGGCAAAGAACAACAAAACAGCUGCUGGCCAAUAAAGCAGCAACGUUAAAACUUGAGCGACUCACGCGAAAAAACGCGAACACUAAAAGUGAGACUGAAACUGAGGCUGAGACUGGGGCUGGAGCUGAGACUGGGGCUGAGACAGAGUCACAGGCAAAGACGUCAGCCGGCUGGCUAAACAUUUAUAUGCAUUUUGUAUAAAAUUGUUGGGCACCCGUGCGGCGGGUUUAGUUCCUCACCGAACGUAAACGCAGCUAGUCACAACCAAACAACCAAAGUGAACGGUACAUACGAUUUACACGAACAACGAACAGUGCUAUUUCGCGUUGGCGAAUUAAAAGUGAAAAAAGGCAGCAGCGACAACAACAAUAAUUACAAAAGAUUUUAUUAUAUUAAUAUUAUUGAACGAAGCAGAAAUCGAACGCGCGGUUUUGUGCAAACAAAAAAACCAAAAGCAACAAAAAAAGGAAAGCGCUAUAGAAUCAUUUUAAACGCGGCGGCUAAAAGAUCGUUAGCCAUUUGUGUUGACGGUUGACAGUGGUUGGCGGUAAUUGACUGCUGUUGAAGAGCGGAAAAAGAAAACAACAACAAGAAAAACUAGAAAAUCCAAAAGACUCCGUCGAGUGUAAAAUCGAAGCUGGUUGAAUGAAAAAAUAAGCAAAGCAAAGAAAAAAACAAACAGGUUGUGCAUAAAUUGAAAAUUCAUAUCGUAUGUUUGUAUGUAUUGCGAGCGUGAACGUGAGUGAGUUUGAAGAAAAAGUCAAUAGCGCGCCAACCGCGUAAACGAAACGACGCGAAAAACGACAUUCCGUUGAAAGGGAAAACAAUUAAAAAUAAAUAAAUUUAAAAAAAAAAUCGUAAAAUUCCAAAAACCAGUAAGAAAAUCAACGUGCGGAGAAAAUGCUAACACGACGCGCUUUGAUCUGCUGUGCACUAACGUGCACGCUGGCCGCAACGUUUAUUUUCAGCACACCCGCCCAAGCAGCGCCAACGGGCGAGCCCAAUGCGGUUGCGGAAGGAUUAGCAGCUACUUUGGAGAUUACCAAACUCGGCGCGGAUUUGGCGAAUGCCCUACCCACUGAGCUCACUUCCAUUGACGUGGAAAACGCGCAGCCAUAUGCCAGCACUGAAGUCGACACCGAAGCCGAACUGGCGGCCACUUCGCUGCCCAUGACAGUGGAGGAAAUGGCUUUGGCCGAAGUGGCAGCGGUUGUGGCUGAGUUGACAACAACAACGGCGGCCGAGAUGAAGGCCAGAGAACAGACGUUGGGAGUGGAAGAAGAGGCGGCGCAGGAGCAGAUAAGAAGUAGGGCUGAAGAAGUUAAGCGACAAACGAUCGAGCGUGAAAUCGCAAACAUAGUUGAUUCAUUAGAUGGGGCAACGGUAGAUGGCGUAAAUUCUGUUGCUGCCACCACAUUUAGAUCUGUUUUUGCGGAUGUAAUUGGCACAACACAAACACCGCAAACCAUAAGUCAAACAAUAACAGUUGCUGCCCCAGCAACUACCGAAAGUCCAGCAAUUUUAAAUGAAUUAGUAAGAGCGGCAGCCGCGGCGAAUGAGAUCUUGGCAGCCGCUUUAAAUGCCGCGUCAAUGGCUGUCACAAAUGUUACCGCCACGACAACAGCUGGCGUGACUAGCGAAACUGGAACAACAAUAAAACCAGAAGUGGUGGAGGUUGAUGGUGGUCUGGUGGUGGCAAUGAGUGACAGUGAAGCGAUGACGGAAGCCAGCGUCACCGAGCAACCACACGAAAUUGAGGCAACAAACAUCGCAGCAACAGCAGCAAAUAGCGCCACAGCAGCUGCGGCGGUUGCAACGUCAUCAGACGAAACCACGCACAGCGCAAAAACGCCCAGCGCAAAUGAAGUUAGCAGCGAUAAUUUAUUACUUCAAACGCUAGAAAGUGAAGUGCUUAGCGCAGCUGGAGAGGCAACCGGAAUUCAAGAAACUCCUUUGGAAUCAACUACCACAGCAAUAUCGGGCACUGAAAGGGUCAAUGAAAGCAUCACUGAAAGGGUCACUGAAAGGGUCACUGAAAGGGUCACUGAAAGGGUCACUGAAAGGGUCAAUGAAAGCGUCACUGAAAGCGUCACUGAAAUUCCAGACGUAGAGAAAGAAAUUCAGACCACAGUUUUACCAACUCCCCCGGCAGACUUAGCGCCGUUUAUGGAGUAUAUGCACACGAAUAAUGCAGAUAAUGAAGAAAUAAAGCAGAUGUUGUUUACUGGAAGCCUGGAAGCAGCAGAAUCUAAUAAAAUAAUAACAACAAAUGAUGCUGCAGAAGCUACAGAAACUACAACGCCAAGCAUCGAAGAUGCCUCACAAGUGGAAAGGGAAACAACAAUUCACCCCUUGGCGAACUCAGUUGCAAGGGCUAUAGAAAAUGAUUUGGAACCGAAAAUGUUUAAUCAAGAAGCAACUCAAAUCCCAACAAAUAUUUUGUUGAAAUCGCCGACGGCAGGUGCACCACCAAGCGAAGAUACACUUGAUGAAAGCAACAAGGAAGUAUCCGGAUUCGAAAUAGCAAAAGUGGAGGAAGUGAAGCCGGAAAUACUGGGACAGGAAAUCAGACGCGAAAUGAGAAUAGAGAAUGAGAUUUCAGCAAAAGCAAUAACAACAACUACAGAAACAUCUGGAGACCUUCAAGGACUUUCACAGCCCACAACCGAGGAACUGAAGCCAGAGAUGAAAGGUCAAGAAAUCAGUCUAAAGGCGAAAGUAGAAAAUGAGGUUCCGACAACAACAGCAGCAACAUCUACAUUGUCUGAUGACCUUUCACAAACCACAACUGAGCCGCUGGAAACGCUAAUUGCCGUUGAAAGUGAAGCGCGUGCACCAAACACUCUUGUUUUAGCUGCUGAGAAAGAAGGAGAAGCCGUGGAAGAGGAGAACGCAGCAACUACAGCUGCAAUCACGGAGGAAAUAACAACUUCCGAAGUAGUCAAUGGGCAAACGCCAGAAGUUCCAGCUGCACAGCCAAUAACAACUACCGCGAAAAUAGCGUCUCUAUUACCAAUGGCAGAGGAGUUCAUAGCUGAGUCAACAACAAAACCAGAAAUUGCUGUUACAACAGCAGCGCCGGAAGUAGAUAUUACAACAACAGAAUUAUCGACAGUUAAUAGUGUUCUAGAAUUUACAAGAACAACGAAUGACGCUGUAAAAGCUCAGCCUGAACCUGAGCCUGGAAGAAUAAUAGAAACUACAACAGCGUUGAUCGCAGGUGAAGAAGUCAUUCCCCCAAUAACAACAACAACAGAAACAGCAACAGCUGGAAAAGAGCUUUCAACAAGAGAAGUAGCAGAAGUUCCAGAGCUAUCAACCCAAAUAUCAGCUGGUGCAGUAACAAAUGGGGAAACAACUACACAACUUUCAAUAGAAACUUCAGAGAAUACAGCAACAAUGCAUGAAAUACCUAUCCUAAACACCUUUGUACCAGUAACAGAAACUACAGCAACACAUUCCGAGGAGCGUGCGCCAGAAACAGUAGUUACUGCUGCGGAAGCUGUCAGCAGUUCAACUCAAGUACCGCUAGCCCCAUUUACAACAACACCAGUCGUAACAGAGCAGCUUUCAGACUCAGAAGAAACAGCACCAAUUGUGACAGAGCAACUCUCAAACUCAGAAGUAAUAGCACCAACAGAGCAGCUUUCAAAUAUAGAAACAACAACAACAAUAGGCGAUUUAGUCGAGCUUUCGCCUGCUCAAAGCACGGAAAGUGUAGCUGUUAAGAAAUCAUCUCCCGAAAGCAAAGCCACACCUGCCGCUGACAUUAUAACAACGACCUUGAGUAGUAGUACAGCAACAACAACAACGCCCGCUUCAACUGAGCCACCAGCAACGCACGCGCUUGAAGGUGACAGCAUAAUUUUAGAUAAGACAGCAACAACAACUGGCGCGCUACCGGAAACUAGCACAACUGAGGCAACCGAAGUGAGCAUAAUAACAACAACUACUACAAAAACGGAAACCGAAACGUUUACACCAGCUGAGCAUCAAGCAGAGACUACUACAGAUGCAGUAGCUGUUGCUUUGCAAGAGCAGCCACUCUAUAUGAGGGCGCAGAAAGUGACUACUGAGAAGGACAGCAAAACAAAUGCGCAGCUAGAAACAGUUACAGAAACAACAGAAUUGAGAACAACAACAGCGGAAGUAACAGCAGCUUUCGAGACAAAAGCGACAGCUGCGGACACGGACACAGAAGCCGCAAGUACAACAAAUGCGUCAAUGUCAACAAUUACAACAACCACGUCACCUACAACAACAACAACGACAGCAACAACAACACCGAGCAGCACACCUGAGCCAGAAACAACAACAACUACAACCACCUUGUCGCCAAUGAGUCUAAUUGUAGCCGAGCAUGAAGCGCGAUCGCUCGAAAGAACGCCACCACGCGUCAGUCGCAUUGUCAGCGAAGAUGGCGUCGAAGUAUUGUCCGGCUACUCGAUUGUGCAUCGCAUGCAUGCGGCAGCCUUGGCGGCGUUGGAAGCGGAAGGAGCGUAGGUACACCGAUAGCCAAAGGGUAGCAGUGAAUAGGGAAAAUUGGCAGGUUUCUUGGACAAUCAAAAACGCCGAAAAAAAAUGUCCGCUUAAGAAUAGCCAAUACGCACACAAGCACGCACAUACACCACUACACUACACAACUAUACAGAUUCAUUGCCAUAACAGCAGCAUUUUAUAGCCGAUUAUGGUGGAACCUGUGGUGCUACACAUAGCAUAACAUAGCUAAGAGCAUACACACAUACAAACAUACAGAACUCGCCAUAAUAAUGCUUUUUUCUUGCGAAAUGAAAUACAAAAUAUGAAUAUUUUUUAAGAUUUUUUCUUAUGCAAAAUGUGAUACCCAAAAAUGGAACGAUACGCUCGUACAUAAUUAAAUGCACACAUAUGUAUGCGUGUGCGUAUGUAUGUAUGUAUGCGCAUAAAAAUAUGUAUAGGUAUAUUUCUUCCGAACAUGUGUAAGACUCAGACGGGCGCGAUGAGGCAGCGGUGGUUAUCAUUGUUGUUGUACUUAUUGGUGUAAAAACAAACGAAGAAGAAACCACAUUUUAGCAUUUAACAACAACUUCAAUGGCAGCUGCUAAAUUAAAAAGGAAGCAUCAACGCAAGAAACAAGUUUUCUUUCAUAAAUUAUUGAUAAUGCUAAUGAUAAUAAAAAUAAUAAAAACAACAAAAUUCAUAAUCUUACAAAAAAUGCGCACACUUUAAGCGAUGGGUUCGAAAGGUGGUACAAAUAUCUCAAAUUAAAAAUAGGCAAAAUUAAAAGAAAAAAUAGCAGAUAUUCAAAUCAAAAGCUGACCGAGCCAAAGCGCGGAUUGCUUA